GGCAGCGAAGCAUCAGUUCAAACGGUUGAUGUACUGCUGUUGUUGAAGACUUCUAUCGCUAACUCAACGAGCAUCUUCUUCAUAGAGGAAGCACGGGCAUGAUAGUGCUGGCUGGGGAUCUAAACGCUCAAGUUGGAAUAUUGUCCACUGAUGAACUACAUCUGGAUGGCCAACGCGGUGAGGCUUCCGUAUUGAUACCGUGCUCAAACUCGGGUUACUUUGUUCACUACUCCAUAUCCAAAAGUCAUAUCUUUCACCCCACGAAUAUUACUACAUCUGGCGCCCAUCUUGAUAGCGACACACUUGGGGAUUCUGACCCCAUAAUCGAGCGCGAUUGUCAGCGCAUGUGGUUGGGCGGUCUGCCCCCAAUGAUCACCGAAUAUGCGGUACUACAGUUGAUUAGACAGUUUGGAAAUUUGACCGACUUCCACUUUCCUGUCCACCGCACAGGGGACGCCCGUGGAUCAACCGUAGGCUACUGCUUUGUGGCUUACGAUACAUCGGAAACAGCGAAAAAAGCUCUAAAGGCGUUGAAUGGACUCAAAUUCCACGGUCACACCCUCAUUGCUCGUCCCGCGAAGCCAACUCACGAUGAACUGUCUUUGUUACAACGUGCAAAUGAAGAGGCCACACGCUUACGAAUAAUGGAAGAGACGAAAUUGCGUGAGGCGGAGUUAGCCGCUCGACUACAGAAAGUUGAUGGUCCGGAAAGCACUCAAGAAACUGACCUACCUAUUUUGCAAAUGAAACCCCACAAAGACCAGUUCACCAAUCCAAGUCUUACCGAACAGGCUUGUUCGCCUGGCUCGGCUCAUUAUCUUGAUAUGCGUGGAAAACUCGGUUGCGUUAAUCCUGGGAGCACGUCAAAACAAUACAACUGUCGCUCUAAGGUGCAAAAGAAUGCGGCAGGAUGCAGGCUGUUCAUGCAGAAGAUUGAAUCUGCCCUGAAACGGUUAGAAAACUCUCCCGUUGGUGGACCCGCUCUUCUGCAGCCAGCAUCGGCAACCCAGCGUUCGCUGGUACCAGCGGGCAUUUUGGCUAAACAUUCAAACUCUUCCAAUGCAGGCUUCACGCGAGGACGGCCCUCUUCAUUACAUCGCUCAUCUGGCAUCCGCCGCCUUGGGACUCGGUUUCAUCCCAGACGAUUGUAAACACGAUGUGUUCUGUUUUGUACAUCCGGACAAUUCUGUCUUUCACAUCACCGCUAAAUGCCUAUGAUCAUGUGUAAAUGGCGUUCAUCUGUACUUCCAUUUUUCCGAUGAAUUUCUUAACACCCCCUUGUUUCUGUC